AUGAGGAUGGAACGCAAGGCCCGCGAAGCCGAGCUUUAUGCGCAGAGAAUAUCGAUGUCAUUAGCUGACGUAAAUACGAAACCGCACUAUGCUAGUCACGCACUAAUCACUGAACCUAGUAUUUGGCCUAUGACAAAUAUGGCUUUGCAAGGUACGCUCUCUCAUCAUCAGUUGAUGAUGUCCGCUGGCUCGCAAGAAGGUGAUCGAGCAGCGAUUUCUGAUCGUCCAGCAAUACAUGCAUCACAGCACCCUCCCACAAUCAGUUCAUUGUACCGAUCUGUGCAGCCCAAUUUAGCCCAGAUCAUCCAUGCUCCUCCUCCGGAUCCAUCGGUUAACCAACGACUCGAAUUUCAUAACUUGCGUACAGAACUGGAAAAGUCCAGGCAGGAUUUUUCUGAAAAGGCGCGGCUUUUCAAAGAGAGGUUAGACGAUUUUCGAAACGAAAUUGAUGCUAUGAAAAGAGAGGAGAGGCAGACCGAGCAUGAUGUUAUUCAUAUUCAUAAUGUGCAUAAUGGAUUCGACAAAUUUACAACAUUGAGAAUGGUGAGUGCGUGGAACCUUGUAGCAUCGAGUGUUUUCUCAUGA